AUGGCCAUGCUCACAUUUGGUCCUACGAAACACAGUCGAUCAUCAAAACCUUUGAGCUCACCGAUGUGCCUCGAUGACUUCCAACUUCGAGUGGUCAACUGGAAUACAAGUGAAAAGGUCAAAUCAUUUGAGGCGCACCCAGACUAUAUCCGCGCAAUUGUCGUGCAUCCUGUCCUGAGUGUCGUCCUGACAGCCUCAGAUGACAUGACGAUUCGCAUGUUUGACUGGGAAAAGGACUGGCGGUGUGUGCGCGAGUUUGUUGGGCAUCAACAUUAUGUGAUGGGUCUUGCGAUCAACCCGAAGGAUACCAAUGUCUUUGCAUCAGCAUGCUUAGAUCGCACUAUCAAGGUCUGGAGCAUCGACAAUGCCACCGCUAAGCAGACGAUCGAGGCACACGAAAAAGGUGUGAAUCACGUCGACUACUACCCACACAGCGACAAGCCUUAUUUACUCAGCACUUCCGAUGACAAGACGGUCAAAGUAUGGGAUUAUACCACCAAGGCUCUCAUCGCAACACUCGAAGGACACACUAGCAAUGUCAGCUUCGCCUGCUAUCACCCUGAAUUACCAGUCAUCAUCUCCGGUUCCGAAGACGGGACCAUCAAGAUAUGGCAUGCCAAUACGUAUCGGUUAGAGCAAUCAUUGAGCUAUGGCCUGGAGAGGGCUUGGUGUGUUUCGUACCAAAGAGGAAAACAAGGCGUCGCAAUGGGAUUUGAUGAUGGUGCCGUUGUGGUGAAAAUGGGCAGAGAGGAACCAGCCGUGUCCAUGGAUGGAACGGGGAAACUCGUUUGGGCGCGACACAACGAGGUAGUAUCUGCUAUCAUCAAAGGAGGAGAUGCGACGCUCAAAGAUGGCGCACCUAUUGCUCUUCCGAGCAAGGAGAUGGGCACCACAGAAAUCUAUCCAACUACACUAUCUCAUUCACCCAACGGCAGGUUUGUCAGCGUCUGCGGUGACGGAGAGUUCAUCAUUUACACAGCGUUGGCAUGGAGAAAUCAGGCUUUCGGCUCAGCACUUGAUUUUGCAUGGGCAUCACAUCAAAAUCCAACCGAUUAUGCGAUCCGAGAAUCUAGCACCAGCGUCAAGAUUUUCAAGAAAUUGAAAGAAAGCGGAAGUCUCGAUGUCGGCUUUCAAGCUGAAGGCCUCUGCGGCGGUGCUCUACUCGGUGUCAAGGGACAAGGGGGAAUCGGCAUGUUUGACUGGGAGACCGGUACUCUCGUCCGGAGAAUUGAGGUCGAGCCUACUGAGGUUUACUGGAGUGAGUCUGGCGAACUAGUGGCCCUUGCCUGCUCCGACACCACCUACGUCCUCCGCUUCGAUCGCGAAGCCUACCUUGAUGGCCUCAACAACGGCCACGCAGAUGAGGACGGCGUCGAGGCCGCCUUUUCUGUGGUGACCGAUUUGCAAGAAUCUGUAAAAUCCGGCGAAUGGGUUGGCGACGCUUUCAUAUUCACCACGAGCACUCGUCUCAGUUACCUCCUGGGCGAACAAGUCGUGAACAUCGCCCAGUUCGACCAGCCAAUGUACCUACUACGGUAUCUGCAACGUGAUGAGCGCGUCUACCUCUGCGACAAGGACGUCGGCGUCGUCUCCUACAGCCUCUCUACUGCACUCCUCUCCUAUCAGACCCUCGUCCUGCGAGACGAACUCGACGCCGCGCAAGAACUCCUUCCUGAUGUCCCGCAAGAUCAAAUGAACAAGAUUGCACGUUUCCUCGAAGCACAGGGCCACAAGGAGCUCGCACUAGAAGUCGCCACUGAUCCUGAGCAUCGCUUUGAAUUAGCGCUGGGAUUGAACAAUCUCGCGAUUGCGUUGGAGAUCGCGAGGGAAUCAGAUACCCAAGCACGGUGGGCUUCUGUUGCUGACAAAGCCCUAGAAGCUUGGGACGUGAAACUUGCGGAAGAGUGUUUUACUCACGCAAAAGACCUUGGUUCUCUGCUGCUCUUGUACACAAGCUCUGGCAACAAGGAAGGACUACUCAAACUUGCGAAGCAGGCAGAAGAAUCGGGUGCCAACAACGUCGCAUUUGCUGCCCUGUGGUCCACAGGCGAUGUGGUAAGUUGCAUUGACCUUCUGAAGCGAACGGGAAGGAUCAGUGAAGCGGUGCUGUUCAGCCAGACGUACAAGCCGAGCUUGACCCAAGGGUUGGCGGUGGAGUGGAAAGACGGACUGGAGAAACAAGGAAAGGGCAAAGUCGCAAGGCUCCUGGGCAUCCCCGGAAAAGGCCAGGACGAAGAGUUGUUCCCCGAGUGGGAUGAAUAUAUCAAGCUAGAGGAGGAGGUUGAAAGUGGAAACGGCACAUCAGCACCUACCAAGGCACAAACCGACCUUCUUGAGUUGAACGGCGGUGCCGAGAAGGAGCACGAGUCAGAUGAGGCUGCGGAAACAAAUGGGGCAGCUGAGGCGGAUGGAGACGAGGAAUGA